AUGAAAUCUGCAAAUUCAAAUUUGCCCAAUUCUAUUCAACCUGAUUAAAAUGAAAUCAAUGAAUACAUUAAAGAGUAUCUUAGAUAUUCAUCUUUUUCAAACACUCUUGAAUGUUUUGAAGCUGAAAUCAAGAGCAAAUAAGUUUCUAAUAAAGUACUUAUUUCCAUAAUUCUUACUUUUAGAUGCUUAAUAAAUAAUAAUAAUCUAAAUAAAUAGGAGAUGAUGCUCCAAGAUUAUUUCAUUUGUUUAAGAGUGACAAUACAAAAACUAAAAGAGAAAUUAAUUUGGAAAAGGAAUAAAAAGCUUUCAAUAAAAAAUAUUAAUAAAUCCUAUAAGCUGGAAGACAAAUCUUCUCUGUAAGUAUCAAUCUACUUUAAUUAUUACAUUCUCUCAAAGAAACAGCCAAGAAUGAGAACUUAAGUGAAACUUUAGAGAAUUAUAAAAUUUAAUUAGGAAAGUAUCAUAAAGUGAUAAUCAAUGAAGGUAAACCAGAAGGAACUGAAUUAAUUACUGAAUAAGUUAUGCAUGAACAUAAAACAAAACUAUUUAAAAACUUUCAAGAUAAACAUGUAGAUGGAAUGAUUGAAGUGUUAUUAUCUCUAAGAGUAAAUGCAUUAUAAAUAGCACCUGAGUUGAGAAAGAAUUUAGUUUAUGAAUUAAUUAGAAAUGAUGUAUUUAAUAUUGAAGCAACAGAGAAAUUUGAUUUUGUUGUUCAUUUAUUAGAUAUUAAUAAUUAGAGNAAUAAAACGAAUAUUAUAACAAGAAGAAUAUAUGAAAUAAUUCUAAAAUGA